GGUCGUGAAUUUGUAUAUAAUAAAUAUUGAGAAUGUCGAGAUUCACGAGAUUCGCCGAUAGUUCACAAUUUCUGUUAGUAUUUACUCUUAUAUAUCAUUGAAAUAUUGAUGUAACGCGUCAGAAUUGUUGAUAACUAAACACUUUGAACAGUUAAUAAAUAUUGAAAUUAAAUAAAUUAUAAGUAUUUGCUGGUCAGUGCAAGGCAGUAGUGAUAACGAUUCUCUCUACAAAAUGCACUCGUGUUAUGGUUCUGUUAGCAAAUUUCAAUGUAAAUUUAUGAUUUUUAUAUUCGUUGUUAUCGUAACGACAAUCCGGCCCAUUGAAAGCCGUAAAAUGUCUCUAUUUGACUUCACAUCACUCAGAUCCGUUGACGGAUGGACUGAGAUUUCUGACACGGUACGAACAGUCGGCAAAUCAAAAGCGACGUUAGUCUUGCAAAAGACCCAGUUAUUCCAAAAUGCUGUAUUUUUCUCGCUUCUGCAUCCUCAACCGAAUGGGGCCUGUUUUGCUGGUGUACGGAUUCCAGUCGAAAUGAACCUGUCGGAGUAUGAAAAAAUCUUAAUUCGUUGCAGGGGUGAAGGCGAAAACACCAGGUACAAGAUCGUGCUGAGACACAAUGGUCAGUUGGCCAACGAUGAGAUAACGUAUGAACGCGUUUUUAUGGUUGGACUAUCAGACAGUGAGUUCUCGGACGUGCGGCUGAAACUCACGGAUUUUAAACCAUUUUAUCGGGGAAGAGAAAUGCCUGACGUUGAGCCCUUAAAUACAUCGAACAUUACUUCGUUUGGAAUUCAAAUCUUCGGAGGUGUCUACUCGGAAUUCAAACAAGCUGGGGUGUCUGCUUUGGUUGUAGAAGAAAUAAGUGCAGUGUAAUUACCAUUCAUCAGUCAAUACAAAAUUUGUUGGUCAAGUGAUAAAUUGUGUCAAUUUUGCCCUUUCAAUAAUACCCAUAAGUCGUAGCCAAGCUCAGAGUUUGAAAUUGCAAAAUGAGUAGAACUGCAUCAGAUAAUCUAAAACGAAAAGAAAACCGGAUUUGUAUACGGUGAUAAUGUGUUCCUAAAAGAAUAUGAAAUGUGAAGCGAGUUUUUGAAUGUAUGUCCGACAUCCAUACUUCUACCAUGCUAUCAUUGAGAAAGUUAUCUUGUUCAAUGAUACGGGUUUUCAAGGGGAAACCAAUACUACGAUGUGAAAUUAUCAAAUUUUUAUUAUUGUUGUUGCACUUAGCGUUUACUUUGCAUAAUUUACAUGUACGUUGACAUUGGAUUCGGUUGUUCUAUUUUUGUUCAUUUUGUGUUUUGAGUUCCCAAAAAGGUGUCUGUUUUACUCAAUUCGAAGAGUCUAAUCAGAUACCUACUUGUCCUUCUUUCCUAAGACAUCUACUAAAAUGCCGAACAUUAUCACGGAUUGGAUUAAUAAUUUCAUGGGUAACAACGUCACCUACGUUGCCAACGCAUACUCACAUGCCGAUUAUGUUUGGCUACGUUUUCAACGUGAAGAAUUGAGCAUCGAGGAAAUUUCAGCCGGACUGAAGUCAAUCGAAAUCGAUGUGAAACAUAAGGAAAUGAAAAUGAGUCUAGUGCGAGUACCGUUCAACGAAGUGCACAUCGAACGAAGAAACACUAUACGUGAAUAUAUGACCGUGUUCGCCAGGAAUAGAGACGGAAGUAAGACAACAAUUUGCGAAAAUUUCGAAAUACCGGCUAAUCGUUCAUACAUCGUUACCGAUAAGGGUGGCAUUAAGGAACAGGCGUACGGUGGUGAUGUUUGGGAGGAUUUCGAGGGACAUUAUCACAGAAAAUAGUUUUGGCUUUAUUCUAAGAAUUUAUCGAUGUUGGUUUUCUAGUAAAAUGUAAGUCUAAUCUAGGCUGAAAUAUUUUUUGAUAAGUAAAAUUUCGAGUCGUCGAA